GAGUUGCAGAUUCUUCCAAGCUUCAAUUGAAUCUGUUCUUUGCAAUCUAGUGUGAAUGUAAGAGAUUAAAGUGGUGUUGGGACCAUAGUAGUUCAUUGGAUUGAUUAUUGGCUCUCUUAUUUGAGUGUAUGAGCUAUGAUGGGUUCAUUAUUCUAAUAGUGGGAGUUUGUUGCCAGGUGUUUGGAUCGAGAUCACAUAUUGAUUGAUUUGUUUCAAAAGAGUGGUGUCUAGUUCCUUGUUGGCAAGUUUCUAAGUGGGUUGAGGUGCUUUGAUCUUACUAAUAAAGUUUGUGCGGAGGUCUUAUUUGGCGUCCUGAUUGAGGGCACUCUUGGAGGAUCAAAGUUGUGGCAACUUCAUCUUGGAUAUCAAAUGGUGUAAUGACGUUAUACAGUGGUGUAGACUUCCUGUUCUGUUGGUGGCCCUAAUAAUGCACUACAUUGGCUCAUUUAGCCAAAAGUUAGUUCAAAGAUUUUCUCGUAUUUACAGUUUAUCUAGUUUGUUGUGCAUCCGUGCCUUUCAUAGAAAUGGAUCAAAUGAUGAAUACAUAUCUAUUGAUGAAUCUUUGAUUGAGAGUUGGAGACGAUCAAUUACAGAUUCUAGGUCUACAGAGGGGACACUUAAUCUGGAUGAUUCACUUGGCUGUUCCGGAGUUGAAAAUGACAAUGCAAUCAAUAUGCAGGGAAAUGUUUCUGUGAGACAAAAAUUUAUUGAUCAUACGAGUUUUGAUGCUAAAAGGGUGCUCGAUAUACUUUCACAAGAUGGUCCUGGCUUUGACACAAGGGCUGCUUUAAGUGAACUGAAGUUAAGGGUUUCUGCUCUUCUUGUUGGGAGAGUUCUCUUAGAGAUUAUAAAAUCUGUAAACUUUGUGAAUAAAGACCGGUCGGCAAAAUUGGCUUACAAGUUUUUUGUAUGGUCCGGUCAACAAGAGCACUACAGGCACACAGCUAGAACAUAUCAUUUGAUAAUGAAGAUUUUUGCAGAUGCUGAAGAAUUUAAGGCUAUGUGGAGACUUGUGGAUAAGAUGAUCGAUAGUGGAUAUCCAACUACUGCAAGAACAUUGAAUAUUUUGUUAUGUAGUUGUGGGAAGGCAGGCUUAGCCAAAAAUGUAGUAGAAAGGUUUAUAAAAUCAAAGACAUUUAGCUAUAGGCCAUUCAAGCAUUCAUUCAAUGCAAUUUUACAUUGCUUAUUAGUUCUAAAUCAGUAUAAGUUGAUUGAGUGGGUUUAUGAACAAAUGUUAACUGAUGGUCAUUCUGCUGAUAUUUUGACCUACAACAUUCUUAUGUGCACAAAGUAUAGACUGGGAAAGCUAGAUCAAUUUCAUAAAUUAUUAGAUGAAAUGGGUAAAAAUGGCUUUGAACCAGAUUUCUUUACGUUUAACCUCCUUCUUCAUGUUAUUGGAAAAGGGGACAAACCGCUUGCAGCACUUAACCUUUUGAACCACAUGAAGGAAAUGGGUGUUACUCCGUGUGUUCUUCACUUCACAACAUUAAUAGAUGGUCUCAGUCGAGCAGGAAACAUGGAAGCUUGCGUACAUUUUUUUGGGGAGAUGAUCAAACAUGGAUGCGUGCCUGAUGUGGUUUGUUAUACUGUGAUGAUCAAUGGAUAUAUUGCAGCCGGAGAUCUUGAAAAAGCUCAGGGACUUUUUAAUGAGAUGAUACUGAAGGGGAAGAUGCCCAAUGUGUUUACCUACAAUUCAAUGAUCCGUGGGCUUUGCUUGGAUCAAAAGUUUGAUGAGGCAUGCUCGAUGUUAAAAGAGAUGGAGUCUAGAGGCUGUUAUCCGAACUUUUUUGUGUACAGCACUUUAGUUAAUAACUUGCGUAAUGCUGGAAAACAUUCUGAAGCUCAUAGUAUAAUAAGACAAAUGGUAGAAAAGGGCCAAUAUAUUCAUCUCCUUUCAAAGUUAAUGGGAUACAAGAGAUCUUAAAGUGACAAAAUAUCAUCUCUUUUCAAAGUUAACUGGGUGCCCUUUCAGUAUAGGGUUAUAGGAGAUGUUAAAGAGGUAUAUCAUGCUAAAUUGGUUGGAUUGGCAUGCAGCAGGUGGUAUUGGUUACUUAAACACCUGGUUCGCUACAGUUAAUCCAUUUUCAAUUUCUUUGAUCGUCAAUGGGAGUUUCGAGGGUGAUAUUCCCCUCCCUCUUCUAUGCAUAUACAGAAAGUUGAUUCUUGGAAGAUGUUACUGUUGAAGACCUGCCUAUGGAUGUUCCCAACCAGUUUUGCAUAUUUGCAGAUGCAAAAUAUAUAUAGUGGGUAGAACCAGAGAAAGCUAACAAGGAUAAGGCCUUGUUUGGAAUGAUGUUAUUAGCUGCAAGAUUAGGAAUAACUUCCAUUGGAGCUGGGACACUGAUAAUUUGAGGAGCUCUAUGGAGAUGAAGUAAAAAAACAGUAACAAUGGCAGAAGAAAGACUGGAAGAGACAUACAAUAUCUUUAACUACCAAAUUCAUGUUGCUGUGUCUUCAUCAUGUCUGUUUGGUAGAUUGGUAUUGUGUUGGUUGGUUGGUUGGUUGGUUUGCCUCUUGUGGAUUUUCAACUACUUUGAUCAUUGUAUUAUUUAUUUCUCAGAUUUCUCAACCAAAUGAGAAUUAUUUGAAAAAAACAUGGUUUU